AUGGCCUUCAUGACUGUCUAUCAAGGCAAUGACGGUCCCCCUGGUCAUCCUCGCUACCCUCUUACUGCACCUUACUCCUGGCGGGCCUGGGCUGAACCUGUCCACCGAAAUAUGGGCAUUCGUCGAAUGAUGAACGUCGUCUUUACCGACCCCCAGAUGGCUAUCCUAAGGUUGACCCGUCCUAUUGUUCCUUCGGCGGACGCUGAGAUGCCGUUCCUCAUCCCUCGUCGCCUUCGUGACAACACUUUACGAGGAUGGAGACUCAUCUCUCCUCCAGCGUUGCCUAUGGAUUGGGCUACUUGGAGGGCAGAUCCUCACUAUCAACACUGGCACAUCUAUAUCGAUGUGGCCGUCUCUUUUGAAGAGGCUUUGGCCAAGUACAGGCGGGAGCGAGCUGCAUGGCUCGCUGACCACACCUCGCCUCCUCCUGGUACCCCUGUUAUUCGUCAUCCUCACCCUCAACUUCCUCGUCUUACUGUUCGUCCUCGCAACUUUCCGCCGGGCGUCGUUCUGCCGCCCACUGCUCUCUCUCGAGGGGAGGGACGCGAAUCUGCUCCUGCCUCCCUCUCGCCUUCUGGUACUUCGAGUCUGGAACGUCAAGUCUUUGGUACCAGCUCGUCAGUCUCCCAAGCGGCUCCUGCUUCUUCAGUGCCUCCUGUGUCUACUCUGGACGACCGUCGUUCCGUGUCGUCCUCUGUGGCCGCGUCUGGUACGGGUCUUGACGACGGGGACGCUGUCGACGAACUCGACCCUUCGCCUAGCGGCGAAGAUGUGCGUCAAGAGGCUCCUCGAACCCCUCGUCGAUCUCGCUCCCUUCAGGUGUCUCCUAAGACGCCCAAGACGCCCGGCAUCCCUCCUAUUCCUGCGACUCCUUCCUCCCGCAGGGAAGAUGUGCCUAUUCCUGGUCAACCCGCCGUCUACGGUCCUUCUUCCUUCCCUCGUGCUCCCAAAGGUCCUCAAGCGAGUACGCGCUAUACCGGCACUGGCCCGCGCAACCUUGAGUCGAUCGAUGGAGAGCUUUUCCAUCCCCCUUCCGUUGGUUUCAACCCGAUCGUCCGCCGGGAUGGCGUCGACGAUCCUACGGGUUUCCUGUCCCAAGGGAGGGACACUACUCCUCUCGAGCUUCAGUUCUCACAGAGGACUGGCGUCUCCAUUCAACACCUGAGCCGGGAGGAACGCCAGGCGCACUACUUGCGUCCACCAGUCCCUCCUAAGGGCUCCCCUUCCUCUUCGUCUUCGUCUUCUUCGUCUAACUCUGAAGGGGGCUCGUCGGAUGCUGGAGACGCUUCGUCUCGCUCCUCGAGCAAUCCCUUCGUCGGAUCCCUUCGUCGCAACAUGCCUACCGCGCAACGUCAGACUACCGACCUUCGCAACAUCCUCUACCAGAACCUUACAGGUAUCAUGGGUUCCCGGCGGUUGUUGUCCGACCAUGCCUUGGUUGUGGGCCCCUGCGCUAGGUGUGCCUUCUUAGGCAUCCCUAGGUGUGAGUACCGUGGUCCUGGUCUUAGCUGCGGCAACUGCGGUCGAGCGGACAAGCCAUGUCCGUUUUCGUUGAACAUCGACGCUCGUCGCGGCCUUCGCAACCAGCUGGCGGGUGCAGCUGAGGGAUCUUCUCAUUACAUUGACACUGUCGUGCGCGACAUCUUGCACCAGUCUAACGUGGUGCGAGAUUCGCUCAAUCAGUACCUCACCCACUCCCUCCACCUUUACGAGCUUCACGCUCGUCUCCUCUCGGCCAUUUAUCGUUUGGAAACGUCUGAGGGACCCGAGGCCAUCGUCGUCGAGUUUUUCAACAACGACUUCGAUGCGUACCUCGAGUUUCGCUCGAUGUUUACCUUCGAUAAUUUCCUCGUGGGCGCCGACGGUAGCACCGUCAACAAGGCCGAGCUUGUCCAGCGUAUGGACGAGCUCUUCACCCGUUCGCGUCGGGCCUCCGGCGUACCCAUCCCUGACGACGAACUCCUGCCUACCGUCGCCAACCCUCCUCACGCUCCUUACGUCUUUGGUUCGUUCAUUGCGCAGGAGUUCCCGAUGGCCAAGGACGGCCGUCUCUGGUCCCCGUCGCAACUCGAUCGUCCUCUCGACGACGAGUUCGACGAUUUCCUCGAUCAAGACGCGUCCUCUCCUCCCGCGUUCGAUCCUCUUGUCGACCCGGCGGACGGUGGUCCCGCUCCGAACGACGAAGAUGACUUCUACGACGAUCGUACUGGCGUAGCUCCCAGUGCUGACGUUAUCAUUGGGGACUCUCUUGGUCUCUUUUCGUCAGAGGAGUCUCCAGAGUGGCCAGGCAUCGAGGGUUCGGCGAUGAACGUCGACGAGAGGUCUAGCUCGGCCCUCUCCUCUGCUCGUUCUGGUGGUGGCGCCUCGUCCUCGAACUCAAGCGACGAGGGAGACCUUUCUGGCUCCCCCGAAUACUAA